AUGCGGUGGCCUCUGCUGUUGACCUUAAUAGUGUCUCUAUUCCUGUUGGGGACAUUGGCAGCACCGGCUUGGGGCCCAGGACGUCGCGAUGCUGGAGUCGCUAACCUCGAGGCCAGGCAAGAGAAGGAAACGGAUCUUACAACGGCAGAUAAUGCUGCCACCGAGGUCGAGGCGGCAACUCGAACAGAUACAUCGAGAACAGUAACCGAUACGUCAACAACUGCCGAAGCUACAACGACAGGCGCUACUGCCUCGACUACUGGCUCAACCACUGCUAUAACACAUGCCACAACCAAUGCUACCACCACUUCUUCUGCUGCUUCUGCGACUUCGACUGUGCCCUCGCUCGAUGGAACAACUGUAUCUUCUCAGCAGGACGCGGUGGACUCCACUAGACCAACGUACUCCGGGGGUCUACCAAUCAAACCGACGAUCACGCCGGCAUGGGGUGUUGGGGGGGUUUAUACUGAUAGCUCUCGGAGCCGUGCUGACUUUCAUCGGUGUCCGCCAACAAUGAAGAACAGGGUCCAAAUCUUCCUCUCAACCGGAUUUCUUAGCGCCUUGGGAGUUACCGUCCUCAUUAUCUAUGUCAUGAGCCCACCGGUAAGCAACGCCGUUCAGGGGGGCUAUCUCGUCGCCGUUUUCUUCACCGGCGCAGUAUUCGGUGGUCUAUCACUUGUUUUCAGAGAAAUCUGCGAGGGACUGGGCUGUCUUCUGGGAGGUUUCUGUCUGAGCAUGUGGUUCCUUGCCCUAAAAUCCGGCGGUCUUCUAAGUGAAAACGGCCCCAGAGCUGGUAUGAUCAUUGCAUUUACCGUGGGAUUCUAUUCCCUUUCAUUCAGUCACUAUACAAGACCAUACGGGCUGAUCGGAUGCACUUCGUUUGCCGGUGCAACUGCAACGGACACAUAUCCCGUGACACGUGGUAUUCGUGUUGAGCUUGCCGCGACUAUAAUCAUUUCUGUUCUGGGGGUCAUCUCCCAAAUCAAACUUUGGAAUCUCAUCAAAGAACGCAGAGCCAAGGAAGAAGAUUCCCGUCGAGCACACACUCGAAAAAUCGAAGAAGAAGAUGCCGAAGCUGGCCGCCGCCUCGAGGAAAAGAAUAUACAGGAGCGCGCUGAAUGGGAACUCAUUUACGGAAAUGGAAAGGAUGCGAAAGGAAAAGUCGCCUCGGUCUCGGAGACUGCUGUCGGUGACUCGCGACGGGGCUCCGAUGGAUUCGAGUCCUCUGACAAUGACAAGGAGGGGGAGACCGAGCUCAAGGAGGAUCCGAGCCCGGAUGCCUCUGGCAGUGGCAGUGAGAAAAGCAGUCCGGGUGAAAAGAAUACUCGCGAACAGGAAGAUGUUCCGGAGGAGGAUCCAUCCCAGCAGGGUCAACCCCGAGGUACAGACCAGGAAAAGGCUGCCGAGAAGAAGGUGGAAUCAGAAGCAAAGACGCCAAGGCCUUCUACACCUGUUGUUACUCAUGUCCUUGGCGAGGGCAACGAUGACUCCUCUGAGAACGGUGCUGACGUCGGCUCAGAGGUUGGCACGCCGCGCUCGAAACGGUUCUCUGGCAGAGAGAUGUUGAAUCGGCUCUCUUCGCAAAAUGGCAAUGAUGGAAUAACUGCUUCACAGCCUCAAGGAAAUUUGAUGGAUCAUGACGAUGCUAACUCUUCUGUAUUGGGAGUCAUUGAUGAUCUUCAUGAUAUGAGCGUCGGCUGUCCAAGUGUUAUCUCAGAUGCGGAUGUUCACAAUCGUGUUGAGAAAACUGAGCAAACGCAGCCAGCGCAGCCAGUGCAGCAAGAAACAAGCACCGCCAAGCUAGCUCCAGAGACGGACACGACAGACGUUGAGAUCAAGUCAGAAGUCGGUCUACAAGCUGCCCCAGAGGCUGAACUCCGUAUCGAUACAGCCGUAGCCCAAAAGGACACCGACAAAGUGAUUACUAAAGAAACUACUGUCAGCCACACUGUUCCGCAUGUGUCUCCUGUCGAGAGAAAUGUUGUUGUUGGAUGUCCUUCGAAGAAAUUUGACAUUUCCGAAGUGUCAGAGAAGCCCCAAUCACCGGAAAUCCCCACAACCCUUGUUCAACCAGUCACUCCAUGUGGUUCUAGAAAGACCGAGGAGGUGAAGCCCAAAGCUACAUUGGAGCCGUCACCUCUGAUCGAUGCAGAAGAGGAAAAGGUCCAAGAGGCCACUGAAGACCAAUGUGCUAUUGAUAAACACAUCAAACCCGAGUCCGUCCCUGAACCGAAGGUUGUAUCUCUGCCCAAGCCCAAAACUGAGCCAAAGAUCAAAGUGCUCAAGAAAUUGGACGCGUCAACUGUAAAAUGCAUCCCGGAGCAAACAUCACGAGUGAUUCAUUCUUACCGCACGAACGAAUGGGCGAAGCAUCUCGCAGAUGCCGACACCCCUGAUAUGGAGCCAAUCGAGUUCGAACAUGAAUCGGAAAGAUACUCAAAGGAGAUUCACGAGACUGCAGCAUUUGUUGAUGUAGGCGGUCUUCUCCAGACGCCUCUCACUGCACAACCACCACCAAUCGUGAACAGGCCUGAAUUUAAUGAUGUGGACAAUCAAUCACCUACCUAUAUCUCAUCGGUACCCACGCCAGAUAUUUCGAAAUCCAAGACACGGACCGGUGCGCAAGGCCUCACCACAGCAAAGCCAAUUUUAACCCGUAAUGAGUCAACAACUUCAGUCAACAUGCUACGUUCAGCUUCCGGCCCACUUCCAACUCAGGAAUCGGUAUUGAGAUCAAUGCGCAACACAUCAACUCCUCUGUUGACAAUCACUACUCCCAACGAGCCCAAAGAAACGGAGCCAUCACCGCGUUGGAAUGGACCUCCUCCCCUCCUCGCAGUCCGCGAGAACAUGGUGCGAAAUCGCAUGUCAUCAACAUCCAACCGCUUCGAUCCCUGGCCUGAACGCAACGCAUCACGCCAGUCCCUACCUGAAAUGGCGCCUGUCGUUUCCUCAAUUUCACCACCGCUCUCCACCCCCGAAGAAAAUCAACAAGCCCAAUCCAAUGAGGAUGACAUGCCACUUUCCAAGCGGCGCGCCCUACUACGGCGCCAGACAGCACAGUCACCUGCAACAAGCCUUGACAGCCUCGAGGCUGCACCAUUCUCUUUAUAUUCCCCACCAGCUCCCGCUGCCGAAAUAAACCGGUCUGCUUCAAGAAUGGCAGCAUGGAGACAGUCGGUCCGCGAGGAGAUCACUCAAAAGCGAGAUCCUUUGGCGCUUCAAUCCCCACCCAUUAGCCCGGUCAGCCCCGUGGACCGGCCGCGCACUGCAUGGAACUCUGUCCAGCAGAUGCGCGAGGCCUCGUCUACUCAACUGGGUGAUGCUAUUGCAGACGGCAUGCAGCGUGGCAACAUGGCGGAUCUACACCGUCAGGCAAUGCGGCGCAUGCAAGCUUCAGCGAAUCGACAACUGGAGGAAGAAGCAUUCUGUUAUCCACGCGGCCAACAGAUACUGCGGCCUCCAGCCAAUCGCGCCCCCGUGGAGUCAACUCCGUCAUUCGUUCGCGCCCAGCGGCGACAGUGCGUCCCGAUUUCAGGCCCGCCGUCGCUCCUCCGCCCACCAGCAGUCCGACUUGCAAACCCAGUCAACUACGUCCCACGAAUAACCCCAAUAACUGUCCACCCACACCAAUCCGACGAGAGCCUCCCACUUGGCUUCGGCCACUCACGCGACGCUCAUCCCCUACUCAGCGUCCCAGAGCGACGCCGCAGCCGCCUAACCCCGUCCCCGAGCAGCCUACUUGUUGAGCGCAGCCAGGGAGAAACAGAAAGUGGCCGGACUAGCAUUGCCCUGCCCCGAAGGCAUCGUCGCAGCGAAGACUUCGCCAGCACAGAAAUGGCGUUUGCGGGCAGUGCAGCGCGGGAAACUGAAAAUCUGCGCCCUCCCGAAGCUGUCCAUCUUACGCAGAACGGGACUCGUCAGAAUGACCGUGUCCGACAUGCUCAGUCACAAACCUCCCUACGCUCCCAGUCUCAGGUCGCUUCAGUCCCCUCAAAUACCGGUCUUCCCCCUGCUGAUGUCGCUGAGGAGCUUGCUUGGGGCCCGGCUCACCCCUGUUUCCCGCAUAUGAAUCCCCAUGUGCCCAUUGGGUCGCGGGAACAUGUGACAACGCGUGUGAUUCGUAUUCGGCGUGAUUGGAUGAUUAAGGGUGAUUUGGCGCCGACUUUCUCGAAUCUGUACCCUGAAAUUCUUGAUCCAUUGUUGUCGGAGCAGGAGUUCCGGAGGGUGAUUUCUACCGUUAAUGAUGGUAUUAUCAAGGCUUUUGAUCCGUUCAGUCUUCGCAAUUGGUUCGAUGGCGUGGUUGGCUUAUUGACUGGCUGGGUAUGGGAUGAUCUCAAUGCCCCCGGGACAAAAAGCCAGUUGCAGCAUGUUGAGGAUUGGUUGGAGACUUGGAAUCGCGAGGUCGGCGCCAAGGAAAGUGUCCAUAUCUGGAGCUUGAGGCGGACGGCGUAUAUGUCGCUUGAUAUCCAGAUUCCCGAUCCCAAGGUUGGCAUUGUACCCAGUGAGGCACCCUCGGCUCCUAAUACCAGACCGAGUACUGGUAUCGGGGCUGGGUCUUGA